AUCGACAGGACCCACACACAUGGCGAAGCGAACACACGGACAGCGCCAUGGCGGCGGCGGUGGCGGCGGCGGCAGCGGUGGGCGACGAGAGCAGCUCGUGGCCCAUGGCACGGUGGCCCCGAUUGAAGAGUAUGGCGCGGCUUUUGAUCUCGUCCUUGACCACCCUGUUCAAGAAACAGAUGUCGGCAUCGAUGCCUUUGUUUGCCCUGAUCAAGAAGGCUUUCACGCCGUCAUCAAGCAGCGCUACUCUGAUUUCCUUGUCAACGAAAUUGAUCAGAACGAGCGGGUUGUGACACUCCGAAGCACCGCCGCCACAAUUGCGGACGAGGACACCUUGGACCCGGACAUCAUUGGACUGCCACAGUUGAUGCCCAUGGCUAGCCUACAGGCGAUCCAGGACCUCGAUCAAGGCCGUCCUGAUGUCAAUGCCAUCCUUAUUUUGCGCCCCAUCGCCGAAAAGCAAAAGCGGCGUGACGUUCACAGCGCCAUCCGCUCCACCUGCCCCAAUCUGCUCACCUGCGUCCGUAAGGUGUUCCCCGCUGAGCUCCUGACUCAUGCUCGCGUUAUCGAGCACGAAGAGCGUGCCAAUAGCAGUGCUGUGGAAGACGAUCCGGGUGCAGAGAACGACAUUGUCAUUAUGCACCUCCGAGGCUCCCUGCGCCCUCACAUUCCGGAUAGCAACACCGGCCGCCACCACACCACCGCCCCCUACACGCAUUUCACCAUGGUCAAGGUGAACCAGGAGACGGUGCAGUGCCUUACCCAGCUGGCUCGUGCUGGCAAAAUCAAGGACAGCCGCCUCAGCUUCGCCGGCACCAAGGACCGUCGCGCCAUCACCGUGCAGCGUAUUGCUGCCGAGCGCACGCCGGCCAUUCGCAUCAAGGGCGGUGCCGAUCGCUCUUCGGCUGACCAUAUCACGCCGCCCCCGCCCUUGCUUGGAACAGGCAUUGAAGUGGGCGACUUUGCCGAUGCCAAGGAUGGCCUCUCUCUUGGCAAUCUGUGGGGCAACCGUUUUCGCAUUGUGCUUCGCAACGUGGAUGGUAGCCCCGAGCUGAUGACUAAGCGUCUUCAGUCGCUGCGCGAACAAGGCUUUAUCAACUACUUUGGUCUUCAGCGUUUUGGUACUUACAGCGUACCUUCGCACGCCGUUGGUGUGGCGGUGUUGCAAGGCGACUACGCCGCCGCCAUUGAGCUCUUGCUGAUG